GAAGUUCCACCAAGUUUUUGUAUUUUGUCCUUACCCAAGUUAUUCAAUAUUAAAACAUAAGCAUUUCUUGUUCAUUGUUCAACGUCAUAACGGUGGCCGUCCACAACCACCGUUUCCGGCGGUUGUCAUGGCAGGCAAUUACUUCCCUCGGCUAAUAUUCAUAUCAGUUUUUAUCUUCAAACUCUUAAUCACCAUUGUUAAUGGUGCUGAUAUUUUCUUAGAGUGGAAUGUGGCCAUUAAUACAACAGUUCAUCCAUUUUCUGAAGAACAACCUGUUAUUACCAUCAAUGGAAUGUUUCCAGGUCCUCUUAUCAAUGCCACAACCAAUGAUGUAAUUCAUGUCAAUGUGUUCAACAAUAUAGAUGAACCACUACUAUUUACAUGGAAUGGGAUAGAACAAAGGCUAAACUCAUGGCAGGAUGGAGUUUCAGGAACAAACUGUCCAAUCCAACCUGGUAAGAACUGGACUUAUGAGUUUCAGGUGAAGGACCAAAUUGGGACAUUCAUCUAUUUCCCCUCCAUCAACUUCUUGAAAGCCGGUGGUGGGUUCGGUCCGAUUCGAGUUAACAAUCGUCCGGUGAUCACAAUACCCUUCCCGAAACCCGAGGCCGAAUUUGAUCUUCUUAUCGGAGAUUGGUAUCUAAAAAGUUACAAGGAAAUUAGGUCCUUGAUCUCAAACAAAUCAACGGCCAAUGAUAGCUCUCCUGAUAAAAUCUUGAUGAAUGGAAAGGGCUCUUAUUUCGAUAAUGAUUCAAGAGUCUUUGAAUCCUUUACUGUAACAAAAGGUAAGACAUACUGGUUCAGGAUAUCGAAUGUUGGAACCGCUUGGAGUGUCAACUUCAGGAUUCAGAAUCAUCGGAUGGUAUUGGUUGAAACAGAAGGAUCGUAUGUCAAUCAGAUGGCAUUAGAUUCUCUGGACGUACACGUCGGACAAUCUUACUCUGUGCUCGUCACAGCAGAUCAAGAAGAACAAGAUUAUUACAUUGUGGCGGCUCCUAAACAGAUCAAUGCCACUGGGACCAGCAAUCUUAUCGGUGUUGCAGUGUUGCGCUAUGGGAACUCUGUAAUUCCUCCUAGAGGUGCUCUUCCACCGGGCCCCGACCCCUUCGAUAUCCAAUUCUCCGUUAACCAAGCUAAAUCCAUCAGGUGGAAUUUGACGGCGGGAGCUGCUAGGCCUAACCCACAAGGAAGCUUCAACGUUUCAAAUGUGACAUUAUCGCAAUCCUUUAUUCUUCAAAGCUCGGUUGUAGAGAUCGACGGCGAAUUUCGUUACACCGUCAAUAAUGUAUCUUAUGUUACACCGGAAACUCCAUUAAAGUUGGCUGAUGCCUUCGCCAGUGGCGGGAAUGGUGUUUAUGUACUGGACAAAUUCUCCACAAAUUCUUCAAAUGUUGAAGCAGUGAAUGGAGUUUUCGUAGCAUCCGGGAUCCAUCAUGGGUGGAUUGAGCUGGUGUUGAAGAAUGACUUAGAUUUCAUUCAUACUUGGCAUUUAGAUGGUUACUCUUUUUUCGUAGUUGGGUUUGGAGAUGAACAAUGGACACCGAACUCUAGAUUUUCUUACAAUACCUAUGAUCCGGUUGCUAGAUCCACAAUUCAGGUGUAUCCUAGAAGAUGGAUUGCGGUUUAUGCAUAUUUAGACAAUCCUGGAAUGUGGAAUUUGAGAUCACAACACUUGAAAAAUUGGUAUUUAGGUCAAGAACUCUAUUUGAGUGUUUAUGAUCCUGAUCCUAACCCUGAUAAGGAAAAGAAGCCCCCUGAGAACAUGCUCCUUUGUGGUUAG